GGAAAGCCGGGCGGGAGGCGGGGCCGGAAGCUGCCUCAGGGGCACUUCCGGCGCGGCGGAGCAAGAUGGCGGCGUGCGCGGCGCUGCUGCUGCGCGGGGCCCUCGCGGGUGUUCGCGGCCGAGGGCUCCGGGUCCUGAGCACGGCCCCCCCCAAGGCCAAGGUCGCCUUCGUGAGGGACAAACCCCACCUGAACGUGGGCACCAUCGGGCACGUGGACCACGGGAAAACCACCCUGACAGCUGCCAUCACCAAAGUGUUAUCCGCGGGGGGCGGGGCCCAGUUCCGCCCCUACGAGGAGAUUGACAGCGCCCCCGAGGAGAAGGCGCGGGGCAUCACCAUCAACGCUGCCCACGUGGAGUACAGCACCCCCAAACGCCACUACGCCCACACCGACUGCCCGGGGCAUGCUGACUACGUCAAGAACAUGAUCACGGGCACCGCCCCCCUGGACGGCGUCAUCCUCGUGGUGGCCGCGACCGACGGGCAGAUGCCGCAGACCCGGGAGCACCUGCUAUUGGCCAGACAGGUGGGCGUGCGCCACGUCGUGGUUUACCUGAACAAGGCGGACGCGGUGCCGGACCCGGAGCUGCUGCCCCUGGUGGAGCUCGAGGUGCGGGAGCUGCUCAGCGAGUUCGGCUUCGACGGAGAGAAAACGCCCGUGGUGGUGGGGUCGGCGCUGUGUGCGCUGCAGGACCGUGACCCCGAGCUGGGCCUGAACUCGGUGCUGAAGCUGCUCGAGGCCGUGGACUCGCACAUCCCGCAGCCGCCGCGGGACCUGGAGCGGCCCUGCCUGCUGCCCAUCGAGGCCGUGCACUCCAUUCCAGGGCGUGGCACGGUGGUCACCGGCACUCUGGAGCGCGGAACUCUCCGGAAGGGCGACGAGGUGGAGCUGCUGGGCUACGGCCGGCAGCUGAAAUCCACAGUGACCGGCAUUGAGAUGUUCCACAAGAGCCUGGAGGUGGCCGAAGCAGGGGACAACCUCGGUGCUCUCCUGCGGGGGCUGCGCAGGGAGGACGUGCGAUUGGGGCUUAUGUGGGGCAGGUGUGGGGCAGGAUUUCCGCACAGGCCUGUGGGGAGUUAACCCUUUCCUGCCCCCCAGGUGUACGUGCUGUCCCCGCAGGAGGGCGGGCGCCACAAACCCUUCGUGUCCCACUACGCGCCCGUGAUGUUCUCGCACACCUGGGACAUCGCCUGCAGGGUCCUGCUGCCCCCCGGCAAGGAGCUGGUGAUGCCCGGCGAGGACGCCACCCUGACCAUGCUGCUCCGCCAGCCCAUGGUGCUGGAGCAGGGCCAGCGCUUCACCCUCCGCGACGGCGCCCGGACCAUCGGCACCGGGGUGGUGGCCAAGGUGCUGCCCAUGGGGGAGGGGGACAGGGAGAUCAGCUGGGGCUGACCACGCCCACAGAGCCUGGCCACGCCCCCAUGGAGCUGACCACGCCUCCCCAUCCAUUGACAUCACCCAUCUCUCCAUUGCUGCCCAUGGGGGAGGGGGACAGGGAGAUCAGCUGGGGCUGACCACGCCCACAGAGCCUGGCCACGCCCCCAUGGAGCUGACCACGCCUCCCCAUCCAUUGACAUCACCCAUUGCUGCCCAUGGGGGAGGGGAACAGGGAGAUCAGCUGGGGCUGACCACGCCCCAGCAGGCUGACCACGCCCCCAUAAAAGCUGACCACACCCCCACUGUGAGCCCCGCCCCCCAUGGGGUGUGGCCCCGCCCCCACCCACAGGCGUUAGCUCCUCCCCCAGAGGCAUUGGCCCCUCCCACAAAGGGCUCAGCCCCUCCCCCUACAUGGGUUUAACCCCACCCCCACGUGGGUCAGCCCCCAAAGGGGCGGGGUCAGGUCUGGGGGCGGGGUCAGGUCUGGGGGGCGGGGUCAGUUCUGAGCUGUUCCAAAGGGGGGAAUGAUGGGGGCGGGAUCUGUCUGUCAAUCACGGUUCAGGGGGCGUGGCCGUGCUGUCGCCCCUCCCCCAAUAAAGGCUCCACCUCC